AGAGACUCUCUGCUAGUCAUUUUGAUGUUUUCUUUGUCAGACGAUAGAUUUACUUGAUAGAGGCGUUGAAAUCACCGUUAUUUUCACCUGAAUUUCUGUUAUUAUUUCAUUGUUUGUUUAUUCUGUUUACCUGUGGACAACAAUUGCGAGAAACACACAAUAUUGUGCCAAUCUUCUAGAAAUAACAUAUUGAUACUGUCGUAAUAUUCUACAAAUCUUAUUAAAAUGUCUUUAUAUCCUUCCCUUGAAGAUAUGAAAACGGAUCAAAUGAUCCAAGCUCAAAUAAACACUGCUACUCGAGUUUCUGCCAAUUCAUCAUCAGCCGAAGGAGGUUAUCCUACUCUUUUACCAUUCGCUUCAUCACACCAGCCAACAUCUCCUUCAGCACCAUACCCUGUUGACUCUAGGCGAAUAGAGCAGAAUGAAUUACACAUGUACCCAGCUCUGGUUGAUCUUCACGAGUAUAUGGGCCUUAAUCUAUCUUCAGCCGAGCUUGCUCUAGUUGCUAGUCCAAACAAUACUGUGGCAAAUUUAUCUUCCCAAAGUUUGGUCUCAGUAUCGCCUGGAAGCGCUAAUAUGGUUGCUCCUCUUUCUGGUGAAUCCGUAGGCCUUAAACGAGCUGCUGUCACUCAUGGUCUUCGUCAACUCACUCUAUGUAAAGAUAAAAAUGGUAAAGUUGGACUUCGAGUCCGAACUUUAAAUAAGGGUGUUUUUGUUGUGUUAGUCAACGUUGGUUCCCCUGCAGCUCUUGCUGGACUCCGAUUCGGUGAUCAGAUCUUGCAAAUUAACGAUGAAAACGUUGCCGGAUAUUCUAUGGAGAAAGUUCAUGAUAUUAUCCGUAAAUCACCAGUGAAUGGAAUCAACAUUGUUGUUCGAGAUCGUCCAUUCGAGCGCACAAUAACUCUCCAUAAAGAUAGUAACGGUCACACUGGAUUUGCCUUCAAGGAUGGCAAAAUAACUCACAUAGUCAAAGACUCGUCAGCAGCUCGUAACGGUUUAUUAAUUGAACACCAUUUGUUGGAAGUUAAUGGACAAAAUGUCGUCGGUCUCAACGAUAAAGCCAUUCGACAAAUCAUCGAGGAAAACGAACGUGUUAUCACCCUAACCAUUAUGCCUUCAAUGAUUUUCGAUCACAUGGUUAAAAGCAUGGCUUCCGGUAUGCUUAAAAAAUUGAUGGAUCAUUCAAUUCCUGACUUUUAAUAAAAAACCCAUUGAAACAAACUGACAUUCAAGCAACAUUAUCUGACAUCUACAACUUUUCAACUAAUUGCAAUAGCCAUAUUCCGAUGUGUUUUAUUUUUCAGUUUAUUUUUCUCUUUCUGUAUUUUGACAUUUGUUUCUUUCCUUGAUUGCUUCAAUAAUGAAAAAUUACUUCCAGGUUUCAGUUUAACCUAAA